GUGCCCACCUCCGCCUGCAGUGAAAGCUGCCUUCCAGGGUUCAGGCAGGUUGCACGUCUGGGAGCCCCCCACUGCUGUUUUGAUUGCAGUCCCUGCCCUGAGGGACAUUUUGCAGACCAAAGAGACAUGAAGAGAUGUCUUCUGUGCCCCAAGGAGCAGUACUCGAGCCACACCAGAGACCGUUGCCUGCCCAGGACAGAGAUCUUCCUGGCCUUUGAGGAACCUCUGGGAUUCAUCCUGGCUCUGGUGGCACUCUUCCUGUCUGGUCUGUCUGUCCUGGUUCUCGGAGUGUUCCUGAAGCACCGAGACACACCCGUGGUCAGGGCCAACAACAGAACUCUCAGCUACUUACUCCUGACCUCUCUUUCCCUCUGUGCCCUGUGUGCCUUGCUCUUCCUUGGCCGACCCACUGUGGCCACCUGCUUUCUUCGCCAGACCACCUUUGCUGUGGUGUUCACGGUGGCUGUCUCCUCUGUUCUGGCCAAGACUCUCACAGUGGUUUUGGCCUUUAGGGUCACCAGGCCAGGGGGCAGGAUCCAGGUAUGCCUGAACCCUGGUGCUUCCACCUCAGUGGUCUUUAUUGCUUCCUCAAUUCAGGUUGUUCUUUGUGGGGUCUGGCUGGCCAUCUCGCCCCCAUUCCCAGACAGGGAUAUGGUCUCAGAGCCCCAA